UCUCGUACUCUCUCGUAGUAAGGCGAGGAAGGUGGAUGGGGGUAAACAGUUUGUUGUUCGCCGGCGGAGAGUUCAGUCGUGUUCGCAAUGCCCACUCCUGAUUAUGUCGUGUACGCAGACAAUGGAGAUAUAAAAUAAAGUUGUGGUUCCGUUAUUAGUUCUGAGCGUUAGUUCCGUGUUACCGAGAGUGAAGUUACUUUAUUAUCCUCUAAAAUUCUUGAAAUAACGUGAAAUCCUUCGAUAAUCAGAGUAGAUCCGCUCGGUACUCUGAUCGUGUCCGGGAGAAAAUAUGCUCAAGUUUCUGACUCACAAACUUCGAACACAUUCCCUGAAUGAAGAACAUCCUCAUCAGAAGAUUGAAGACGACGAUCACGACUCUGGUACAGAAUCAGACGACGAACACGGAGGAAGUGAGGAACCAGAGAACAGUGAGUAUUACCUUUCAUGGUGAGAGUCGCUGUUCUUUAGCACUGAGCAUGGAAAGUGAGGCAGGCAGUGUGGUGGUAGGGGCUGUAGGUAGUCCGGCAGAUCCCUGUGUGGCUACUCCUUCCUCUCCCUACUUUCUGGACUCAGCCCUUCCCAGUGACUCAGAUCUCAACUAUGACCACCACAGCUCAGAGGAGGAGCUGGAGGUCAUCAACAGUACGCCGCACCACAGCCAGGAGAUUGUCCGGAGUAGAUCGGCCAGCACGGUGCCGGAGAAAAGGAAAUGGUCUCAGGUGACACCAGAGGUGGUUUGUGUGACCGCUACAGCGCGGCGAACAGUCGCUGCCAGCGUUUCUCUGCCACGCUGCGAGCUGUCGAGCAGCAGCGACGAGGAGGUGCAGGGGCUACUGGCCACCAUGUCCGCCCCUGUACAGUUCUGUACCUCACCUCCCCGCCAUGCCCACCGUCCCGGCCACCGCUCACUGUCACCCCCGCCCAAACUAUUCCACUAUGUGCCCAGUCCGGCCGCCUCGCCACGCAAGAGGCACCGUAAUACCAUCCAACGUCCGUGCCUAGACUUCGAGAAGAUGCAACAGAUGAAGGCGCGAGCAGUGACGGCCUGGAGACAUAACGGCGAGCACGGAGGCGAACUCUCGGUCUUCUGUUGGUGAUCUCUUCCGCGACUCGUAACGUCGCGUCCCUACACUUCACGCCACGUCUCGUCACGACAGAUACAGACUUUUAACCAAUUAUAGUGUGCACACGAUACCGUCGCGCGAUACAAAAUAACAUGUUUGUAUAAAAAUAACCACUGAGAGUUUUAUUUACGAUAUUUUUAAGUAGUACGCGAGUGAGUAAAAAGGUGGAAAAAGUGCGACGAACGAAUAGAAGGCGGACUAUAUUGAAAUGGAGAGAAAUAAAAUUUGUAUUGUUCAUAAAGAACUAUUAUACUAUAAUUAUUAGUUUAUGUUGAAUACCUAUUACUAUAAUUCUAUGUUAUUAAUGUAUGUUGAAGACAUUUAUUUUGAGUCUGUGUGAGUGCAGUGAAUGUUUAUAAGUGUCAGGUGUCACUGACGCCGUGUGAUAGGUUAUUAAAUGACAACUUAAUUUA